AUGGCCUCGUCAUCACAUUCACUGAUCCACCCCAGCUCUUUUGAUAUGUUCUGUCCCCGGUCGUCCCAUGAUGCUUCGUCUCGUCUCCCAAGUCCCACCCAGGUCCCGGAACUAGCCGUCGCUCUCCGCCCAGCCAGCCACUCAUCAGUCCAGCCUCCUUCCUCCACUGCCUAUAUAUUUGCCUGCCCUGCUGGAGCCACGGCCCCUCUCAUCCAUCCAUGCACAAGCGCGACUCCUCAGCUUCCUCCUCUCCUUCCUUCCUUAGCUGUCCCCCUUCCCGCCACCUCUGACCCGUUUCCUGCUCCUGAUCCUGACGCACGUACGUCUGGGCUGCUGUACUACGCGAUUCUCGCGGCGGCGCCCAUGGACCCGUGGAUCGGGCAGCCUUCCCUGAGCCUGGACCUCAACGUCGGCCUUCCGACGGCGGCGAGGCCGCCUGCGACCACCACCACCGCCGAGGUCUUGGUCGAGGAGGACUUCCUGGCCGUCAAGAAAGACCGAGAGGUGCAGGUGCAGGCGCUCGAGGCGGAGCUCCGGCGAGCCGGCGAGGAGAACAGGCGCCUCAGCGACAUGCUCCGGGCGGUGGUGGCCAAGUACGCGGAGCUGCAGGGCCAGGUCAACGGCAUGGCGGCGCCGGUGGUGUCCACGGCGGGCAACAGCGCCGCCGCCGCCGCCGCCAACCGCCAGUCCUCCGCGUCGUCCGACGACGGCGGCUCCGCGGCCGGCUCGCCGUCCAGGAAGCGGCCGGUCCGGAGCGACAGCCUCGACACCGCGCCCCAGCAUCACAACCGCAAGCCGCCGUCGCCGUACGCGGCCGCCCCCGCCCCCGGCCCCGACCAGAUGGAGUGCACGUCGGCCGCCGUCACCAUCGUCGCAGCCGCCGCCGCCUACCACCACGAGCCGGCCAGGCGCAUCCGGGAGGCGGAGCGCAAGCCCAAGGUGUCCCGGCGAUUCGUCCACGCCGACCCCUCUGACCUCAGCCUCGUGGUGAAGGACGGGUACCAGUGGCGCAAGUACGGGCAGAAGGUGACCAAGGACAACCCGUGCCCGCGCGCCUACUUCCGGUGCUCGCUCGCGCCGUCGUGCCCGGUGAAGAAGAAGGUGCAGCGCAGCGCGGACGACAGCGCCGUCCUGGUGGCCACGUACGAGGGCGAGCACAACCACGCCCGCCCGCCGCAGCACGACGGCGGCGCCAAGAGGUCGUCCGCGCCGCCGGCGGGCGAGGCCGCGCGACCGCCGGCGCCACUGCCGCUGCAGAAGCAAGAGGCCGGGCCGUCGUCGGAGGUCGCGAGGAAGAACCUCGCGGAGCACAUGGCGGUCACGCUCACGCGGGAUCCCGGGUUCAAGGCGGCGCUAGUCAGCGCGCUCUCCGGCCGGAUCCUUGACCAGGGAUUAUAGCCUAAUAAUAGACGAACACGACGAUUAAUUGAUACAGACAUUUUUAUUUCACCCUGCUCUGUUGGCCAGUGCCAUUGAAGCUGUCAAUUAUUCAAGCUAGCUCUAGCACGUACGCCAUUAUCAUCCAAGUUUCAAGCUACAUGAUGAUAGAUGCCUGGAGAUGAUAUGAUUAACGGCGUGCAUAUAUGUCGCCGGAUGCCUGGAUUGCUGAAGAGAACAAGGUUGAGGAUGACCGAGUUUGUACCGCUCCAGGCGGUGUGCGGGUACGUAGAACAUCGAUAUUAUCAUCGCAUGCGCAUAUAUGUAUGCUAGAUGUAACAGUAAGCUAGCGACAAAUUAAACAAGUUCGUGCAAAUCUCUCCGGGUGUAAUUAAAAUUCAAGAUGAUCUAUCACUGUUGAUAUAGCAUUUUUAUUUGAUCGGAUUGCUGUUUUUUUUCA